AGGUGCCCAGAUGCCAAGACAAUAUCUUUCCCACCUGAAGAUCACUGGCAGGAAGCUGGAUCAUGGCGUCCACAUCAGAGCCUGUCACAUUCCGAGAGUUCUGUCCUUUGUACUAUUUGCUCAAUGCCAUCCCCACAAAGAUCCAGAAGGGCUUCCGCUCGAUGGUGGUAUACCUCACAGCCCUGGAUGUCAAUGGGGACUACAUCGCCGUGGGCAGCAGCAUUGGUAUGCUUUACCUGUACUGCCGACAUGUCAACCAGAUGAGAAAGUACAACUUUGAGGGGAGGAUGGAAUCCAUCACAGUGGUGAAGCUCCUGAGCUGUUUUGAUGACCUGGUGGCAGCAGGCACGGCCUCAGGAAGGGUCGCCAUUUUCCAGCUGGUGUCUUCACUGCCGGGGAGAAACAAGCAGCUCCGGAGAUUCGAUGUUUCGGCCAUUCACAAAACCAGCAUAACUGCUCUGGCCUGGAGCCCCAACGGGAUGAAACUGUUCUCCGGCGAUGAUAGGGGGAAGAUUGUAUACUCGUCUCUGGAUCUAGACCAGGGCAUCUGUACCUCACACCUCGUGCUGGAGGAGCCAUCAUCCAUCGUGCAGCUGGACUAUAGCCAGAGGGUGCUGCUGGUGUCCACACAUCAGAGGAGUCUGCUCUUCUACACCGAGGAGAGGGCUGUCCAGCAGGUGGGAACGCAGCCCAGGAAGAGCACCGGCAAGUUUGGCGCUUGCUUCAUCCCAGGCCUGUGUAAGCAGAGCAACCUCACCCUGUAUGCAUCGCGGCCAGGGCUCCGCCUGUGGAAGGCCGACGUCCACGGCACUGUGCAGGCCACGUUCAUUCUGAAGGACAUGUUCGCUGGAGGAAUGCGGCCCUUUGAGCUCUACCCACGCCUGGAGCCAGCUGACGGCGGGGGCUGUGGCUCUUCUGAGAAGCAUCUGGGACUGGUAUCAUGCUUCUCCCGGGAUGGCUGGGUGCUGAGCUGGAACGAGUACAGCAUCUACCUGCUGGACACCACCAACCAGGCCACAAUUGCUGGUUUGGAAGGAUCUGGUGACAUUGUGUGUGUUUCCUGCACUGAGAACGAAAUCUUCUUCUUAAAAGGAGACAGGAACAUCAUAAGACUUUCCACCACUCCUGAAGGCCCCGCAUCUAUAGUGUGUGGCCCAGAGAAGACCUUCAUGCGUGACAAUCUGGAGGUGGCCGGAAGUGCCGAGUGUGUGCUCGCUCAGUGGGGAGAGAAGCCAGUGGGCGCCAGCGGGGCUGAGACUCGGCUCCGGGGUUCCUCAGUGACGAGCUCUGCAGCCAGUGAGCCCAGGAGCCGGAGCAGCUCACUCAACUCCACUGACAGCAGCUCUGGGCUCCCAGGGACUCCAGCCAAAGGCAGCCAAGCCGCUCCUCAGAGGUUCAGCGUCAUCAGCUCAGAAGACUUCGAUCAAGAGCUGGUGGUGAAGCCACUCAAGGUGAAGAAGCGGAGGAGGAGGCACAAGUCAGAAGGCGGGAGCAGGAGCACCUGCCCCAGCUCCCUGGACUCAACCCCCUGCUGUGAGUUCCCCAUGAACAGCCCCCAGGCCUUGCUCGUGGACUUGGUGCCCACACCUUCGAGCCUGGGCAGCAUCCCAGGCUCCUGCAGCCUGGAGUCUCCCGACUGUGAGAGCAGCCUCCCUGCUGAGGCCAGCAGCCACGGCCUGCAGGACCCGGACCCAGAAGACUUUGGUGUUCUGGAGGUGCCUGAGCCCAGCCUUGACCUCCUUGAUGAAGAUCACGACCCAGGGACAGAUGUGCCCCCCUGGCACCCUGGCCCUGAUGAGGAGCUCCACUCAAGGGAGCAGAGCCCGUCCCUGCCCCCGCGAGAAGAGGGGGAAGGCUGUGAGGUCCCGGGCCUGCAUGAGGAGUUUGGCCCUAUGGGCCCUGGGCAGCACAGCAGACUGUCCCCCUGCCCUGAGCAGGACAGCGCAGAGCUGGCCCCAGAGGCCACUUGUCUGGAGCCAGGGGACCCCCAAACUGUUACUCGUGCCCCCUCCCUAGGCUCAUCCGUUUUGCCUUACAGCCUUGGCUGGGCCCCCUGUGCUGACCAGUGGCCACUAGCAACCAGAAUUGAUGAGGACACUGAGGAUGCUGGCCAGGAGCAAGACUGCCUUGGCACCCAGCCCUGGCCUGCAGAGCCUGUCAGGGCAAUGGAGGGUAUGGGGGGACAGCAGGCCCCUCUAGUUUCCCCCUGGCCAGCCAGGGCCACAGAGCUGCUCCUGCACCCACCUUCCCGAGAGCCAGCCCUGACAUCCAGUGAUGAGGAAGACAUCUACGCCCACGGGCUUCCCUCCUCGUCCUCAGAGACAAGCAUGGCAGAGCUUCGAGGCGGCCUCUCCCCAGGGCAGGACUCAAGCCAGCCUGGCCCAGAUGAUGGGGGGCUGCUCAAGACUGACCAGUUUGCAGAAAGCUGGAUGGGAUAUUCGGGCCCCGGCUACGGCAUUCUCAGCUUGGCUGUCUCGGAGAAGCGUGUGUGGUGCCUAGACUACAAAGGCGGCCUUUUCUGCAGUGCCCUACCUGCAGCUGGGCUGCGCUGGCAGAAGUUUGAGGACGGCGUCCAGCAGGUGGCGGUCUCACCCUCAGGUGCCCUGCUCUGGAAGAUUGAGCAGAAGUCAAACCGCGCUUUCGCCUGCGGGAAAGUGACUGUCAAGGGGAAGCGUCACUGGUAUGAGGCCCUGCCCCAGGCGGUGUUUGUGGCCCUGAGUGAUGACACAGCCUGGGUCAUCCGAACCAAUGGGGACUUGUACCUACAGACAGGCCUCAGUGUAGACCGGCCGUGUGCCCGAGCUGUGAAGGUCGACUGCCCGUACCCGCUGGCACAGGUGGUGGCCCGUGGCUGCGUGGUCUGGGCGCUGACGGAGCAGCGGGCACUGCUGUACCGUGAGGGCGUGAGCACCUUCUGCCCUGAGGGGGAGCAGUGGGAAUGCGACAUCAUCAGUGAGCGGCAGGCCUUGGAACCUGUCUGCAUCACCCUCGGGGACCAGCAGACGCUUUGGGCCCUGGACAUCCACGGACACCUGUGGUUCCGAACUGGCAUCGAGCCCAAGAAGCCCCAAGGAGACGAUGACCACUGGUGGCAAGUGAGCAUCACAGACUAUGUGGUGUUUGACCAGAGCAGCCUAUUCCAGACCAUCAUCCACGCUACACAGUCAGUGGCCACAGCUGCCCAGGUGCCUGUCGAGAAGGUGGCAGACAAACUGCGCCUGGCGUUCUGGUCUCAGCAGCUCCAGUGCCAGCCCAGCCUCCUGGGGGUGAGCGGCAACGGCGUCUGGAUCUCCUCUGGCAAGAAUGAGUUCCACGUUGCUAAAGGAAGUCUUGUCGGUACCUACUGGAAUGCUGUUGUGCCUCGUGGGACGGCAUCCACCACGAAGUGGGCCUUUGUCCUGGCAUCUGCGGCCCCUACAAAGGAAGGUAGUGCCCUGUGGCUGUGCCAGAGCAGCAAGGACCUGUGCAGUGUCAGCGCCCAGAGCGCGCAGUCGCGCCCGUCCACCGUGCAGCUGCCACCCGACGCCGAAAUGAGGGCUUACGCUGCCUGCCAGGAUGCGCUUUGGGCCCUGGACAGCCUCGGGCAGGUAUUCAUCAGGACGCUGUCCCGGAGCUGCCCCACAGGCAUGCACUGGACCAAGCUGGACCUGUCCCAGCUAGGGUCUGUUAAACUGACGAGCGUGGCAUGUGGAAACCAGCAUAUCUGGGCCUGUGAUUCCAGAGGUGGAGUUUACUUCCGUGUGGGGACCCAGCCUCUGAACCCCAGCCUGAUGCUUCCGGCCUGGAUCACGAUCGAGCCACCAGUCCAGCCUGUGGGGGUAACCCUGGUCAGCAUUCACUGCAGCCCCAACGACCAGAUGCUGUGGGCACUGGACAACAGGUGGGGCGUGCACGUGCGCAUAGGGAUCACAGAGGAGAUGCCCGUGGGCACCAACUGGGAGCACGUGCCAGGCUUGCAGGCCUGCCAGCUGGCCCUGAGCCCACGCGCCGUGUGGGCCCGUUGCCCCAGCGGUGAACUGGCGCGACGCUACGGUGUCAGCAGCAAGAACCCAGCUGGAGACUACUGGAAGAAAAUCCCUGGGAAUGCCGUGAGCCUUACAGGCAAGUGGGGGCGAGGGGGCACAGCUCCAGGCCAGCUGAGAUACCCCUCGGGGGCACUGACAUACAUGCUGCCCUGUGCCCGUAGUGACCACAGCAGACGAGCUCUGGGCCGUGGGCCCCACCGGCUCCCUCCUUCAGCGGCUCACGAGGACGUUCAGCCACGCACAUAGCGCCCAGAGAGGCCCCACCGCCAGCCUGCACCCCGAGGAGCUGGAAGAUGAGUGGGAGGUGAUCUGAGGUCCCAGGCACCUGCUCUGCUGGGGCCACACAAUGCCGCAGCCACAGUGUUGGCACCUCACACCCAGAGGGGCUGGGGACCUGGUGCCCCUUUGCAUGCACUAGUCACCGUGUGCCACGUCCCCCCACCUACCCCACCCGCCCACUAGGGCCACACAUGCCAGGAGCUGCCUCCAUGUCCACUCACCACCCGUUCCAUCCCACCACUUUAGAGGACGGUUCUGGCACAUUCUCUGCCUGACGCUGCUGUGGGAAAUCAGAACCGGGUGUUGGCUGUGUUGAUGCACUUCACACAGUCCACCAGCGCAGGCCCGAACCUCUAGGAGGUCCCCAUACAGAUUGGCAGGGGGUGUGACAAGAGGUGCAUGAGUGGUGAAGCGGCUCUGGGGCCUUGGGACUUGGGAUGAACAUGAGCAGAAACCUGCAAAGACCUCAUCU